CGCAAAGAAUCACCCUGAACGAAUUGGAACGCAGCUCGAUCACGUUCGCAGCAUCCAAACAGGAAGUUUUCACAAGUUGCAGCUGUGAGCUACAAUAGCUUGCGAGCUCAGCUAACUGGUUGCUGCUGGCUGUCGGUGUUAGCAGCAGCUGGUAAGAGAGAAAGUAUUAUGAAGCUAUGGAGGAUCGGAAGCUAAAGCGCAAGAGCAGCCGGAGCGCCACCAACCCAGGCGCUCAGACCGGAGGCUUAUCCCGGAAGAACAGCUCCUCCUCCAGGGGAAGGAAUGUCGGCAACAACCACAACACGGGGAGCAUCUCCAGCCAAAGAAAUAGGAACAGGAGGGGAGUGAGAGAUAGUAAGGCAAGAUAUCCACAGGCUGUAGGAGGGAAUAAGAGCCAGGGCCAGGCAGCACCCGUCAUCCAGCACUCUUUUCUGACAGAUGUCUCAGAUGUUCAGGAGAUGGAGAAAGGUCUGCUCAGUCUGCUCGACGACUUCCACUCAGGAAAACUACAGGCCUUUGGCAAUGAGUGCUCCAUUGAUCAGAUGGAACACAUCAGAGAGAUGCAGGAGAAGCUGGCACGCUUGCACUUUGACCUUUAUGCUGAGGUAGAGGAAAUGCCCGAGGAUCAGCGGAAAACGGCCUCUGACACCAAUAUGGACAAGCUACUUUUUAAUCUCGAGGAGCUCAGUUCUUCCAUCCAGAAGCUGAAUCUAGCGGACAGUCAAGAAAUCCCGAGGAUGGCCACCGUGUGACUUUCAUUUUUCAUCCUCCUCUUUCCACAUUACCUCUCCUGAAACCACGUGUAGGCAAUCUAACAAGGCGGAGUUGGAGGAACUUUACCUGAGGUUGAAUGUAUUUUCAGAUUGACUUCACUGCACCCAUCAGUUGCUAAUCAAGAUGGAUUUAACAGUGCUGUGUCUCUUAUAUUAAAGAUAAGGUACUUAUGUUUUCUAUUUAUUGUAUAAUACUUGUAAGACCUGGAGAUCUAAGGUCAAAGAUCUCCAGGUUCAUUAUAUUUUACAUAUUAUAUUUGCUGCGUCCUGUCAUUUCUGAAAGCAGCAUAGGUUUAUAACCCACCAGAUUCUUAUUUUUCAUUGAUAACAGAAAACUGUUAUCAGAUUUAACAACAAAGAUGGUAUAUAAAAAUAGCUCAACUAAAAUUCAGUGAGCAGCCCUUCAGAGUUUGAAUGGACCAUGCGAAAUGCCCAGCACAUUGUUUCUGUCGGGUCAGUUUGAUGCUGGAAGAAUAAUCACAAAUCCAAAUGCUAACAUCACAGCCAUACCUUAUGAUUUUUUCUUUUUGAUUUAAUCAUACUUGCCUUAUUAGUUAACAGUGUUUAACUGACUGGAUGAGAUUUUUUUUUUAUGUCUAAUUUUAACCACCAGAUGGGGGUGUUUUCACACUUAGCCUUUUGCUUGAUUUUAUAUUUUUGUUGAUUUCAUAAAUGUCACGUGUUUGACUCUUUUGGGUGUAUUUCUCUCAUUUACAGUAAGAAAGUAUUUUUUUUCUCAUAGUCAGUUGUAAUAAAGAUCUUUUAAAAAUAA